AUGGCGGAUAUCAAAGUAGACUCAGCCGUCUCCCAGGAUGACCUGGAGAUUCCGCUCAUCGACUUCUCUGCCUUCCUCUCAGGCAAUCCUAACGCGAAGAAGCAAACCGCCGACGCCGUCCUCAAAGGCUUCCAAAACGCGGGCUUUGUCUACCUCAAGAACCACGGCAUAUCCCCUUCGACCGUUUCCACCGUAUUCUCUCACUCUGCUAAGUUCUUCGCUCGGCCGAAAGAGCAAAAAGACAAGUUAGCAUGGUAUUCCGCCGCCGCCAAUCGCGGUUAUGUAACACAAGGGCGGGAAAAGCUGGUGGUGUUGGAAGAGACGGGUACAGAAGCGGAGAUGCGCGCUUUGGUGCCAGAUCUGAAAGAGAGUAUGGAGAUUGGACGCGACGACCAGCCCGAGACACCGAACAUGUGGCCAAGCGGAGACGACGAGGCUAAGGAGUUCAAGGAGCAGAUGAUGGGCUUCUUUGAGACAUGCAAGAGCCUCCACAUGCAAGUCAUGCGCGCUAUUGCGCUAGGUAUGGGCAUUGAGGAGACUUGGUUCGAUGGCUUCACAGACGCGGGUGACAACACGUUGAGGUUGCUGCACUACCCUGGUGUGUCGAAGAGCAUCUUCAAGAGGAACGAUGGGCAGCUGCAAGUCCGCGCAGGAGAACAUAGCGACUACGGUAUGGCGAUCGACUUGAGCUGGCAGGAGAAAUCGACUGACACAAUUACAGGUUCUGUAACUCUCCUCUUCCAAGACGCGCGUGGUGGCCUCCAAGUUCGCUCACCGAAAGGCACGUUCGUCAAUGCCACUCCCAUUGAAGGCACCAUUGUCAUCAACGCUGGCGAUUUAUUAGCACGUUGGUCGAACGACACCAUCAAGUCAACGCUGCAUCGUGUCGUAGAGCCACCGCCAAAACCAGAGGACGCAGACAAGGAUGAGUACCCACCGCGAUACUCAAUAGCCUACUUCUGCAACCCAAACUACGAGCGCAAGAUUGAAGCUAUCCCAGGGACACAUGAAAAGACGGGUAGAAAGUAUGGAGAUGUCUUGAGUGGAGAUUACUUGAUCCAGCGAUUAACAGCGACAUAUUGA